GACCAACGUCCAACUGUGGUCAUUCACAAAGAUCGGGGAGCCGCAUUAAGGACUUUAUCAUUCACCAUGAAAUAUCUAGUCAUCCUCAGCGCUCUUGCCUGCGUUGCCUACGCUCAAAUCCCCGGGCCUUGUCAAUCACCAAAGCAAUGGGAAGCUAGAGUUUUGACUCUGGAUAGGAGUAAGAACUUCACUCAGUUUGGAAAGGUCAGCUAUGACGAGACACAAAGGAGAGAAAGAAUCAUCGAGGAGGUUGAAUUCGGAUCUGAUCGGGAUUACUUCGAUACUCUGUUUCUCCAUAAUGUAGGCAAGGGGUACAUUCUGAACCUGAAAACGAGGAAGUGUAACGUCACAAACUUGACAGAGCCCUUCAUCCCCCGUGGUGUUCCCCGGGAGGCCGAGUUUGAGGGCGAGGCGACCAUUGGAGCUGCUGGUGUCCCCGGAGAGUUCAUGGUCGUGGAGAAUUUUAAGGGUACCUUCAGAUCGACUGGUGCCAAAUUCUUCGGUGUGUCAACUGUCCCAGACUGCAUGCCAAUUGAGUUUGGAUACUACAGCGAGAAAACAGGAUUUGUUCAACAAACGAUGUUUGACGUCAAUAUUGGAAUUUCCGAUCCCAAUGUGUUUAUUCCUCCAAAGGAGUGUCUUUAGAUAUUUGAUUUAUUAAACUUUAUUACAAUUUC